GGGUUCACUGCUCCCCUCAGCCUUGGAACUUGCUUAUUGUCCCUGACGGCUAGUUUGUUCUAUAAAUUCUAAAUAGCAUCUGUCCGAACACCAAAAGGACCAUGGCGUAUGCUGACUCGAGCGCAUGCUGAAGGUAUGCUGGGAGCUUCUUGCGUCUCCUCAAGCUGCUUGAAGUGUCUACUUUUUGGGGGUAGGGCAGCGCAAGCUUCUGCCUGCGUAACGCAAUUUUCUCAGUAGAUGGAGGAUUCUUGUGAGUGGUAGAGAAGUGCUGUCACUGUAGGGUCUCUCCGCUGCCUCCUCAUUUCAGAAGAGCUCUUAUUUAUCUCUUGGACAGGACCUCUUGGAAAGCAGCAGCCGCCGCAGCAGCUCCGAGCCGCAGCCAGUGAGGGUGAAGUGCAUCAGAAGAAGCCCCUGUGAGCAGCUCCGGCAGAGGCAGCGCGAUGCGGCUGGACGGGGUGUCCGGCUGGGCUCUGGGAUUUAUACUGUGCCUGUCCUUCGGAGCGAGUCGCGGUGCAGAAAAAGAUGCGCCCCCCGAUAGCGCAAAGGAAACCAGAGUGAGCCGGGCCAAGAGAAGAGGUGGAAGUGCCGGAGCAGGACAUGAUGUGCUCAAAGGGCCCAAUGUUUGUGGAUCUCGUUACAAUGUCUACUGUUGCCCAGGAUGGAAAACGCUACCUGGAGGGAACCAGUGUAUUGUCCCCAUUUGUCGACAUUCUUGUGGGGAUGGAUUCUGUUCUCGUCCCAAUAUGUGCACAUGUCCAACUGGUCAGACGGCACCAUCAUGUGGAUCCAAGUCAGUCCAGCAAUGUAACAUCAGAUGUAUGAAUGGCGGAAGCUGCAAUGAAGACCAUUGCCUUUGUCAGAAGGGAUACACCGGUACACACUGCGGCCAACCUGUCUGUGAACAUGGAUGUCUCAAUGGCGGCCGAUGUGUGGCUCCCAAUCGUUGUGCUUGCACGUAUGGCUUUACUGGACCCCAGUGUGAAAGAGAUUACAGGACAGGACCAUGUUUCUCAAUCGUAAGCAACCAGAUGUGCCAGGGACAACUGAGUGGGAUAGUAUGCACCAAGACAUUGUGUUGUGCUACAGUUGGUAGGGCCUGGGGCCAUCCUUGUGAAAUGUGCCCUGCUCAGCCACAUCCUUGUCGCCGGGGCUUCAUACCAAACAUCAGAACAGGAGCCUGUCAAGAUGUGGAUGAAUGCCAAGCAAUCCCUGGGAUGUGUCAAGGAGGAAAUUGCAUUAAUACAGUUGGAUCUUUCGAGUGCAAAUGCCCAGCUGGACACAGGUUUAAUGAAAUCACACAAAAAUGUGAAGAUAUUGACGAAUGCAGCACAAUUCCAGGGAUCUGUGAAUCGGGGGAAUGUGUUAACACAGUUAGCAGUUACUUCUGCAAAUGUCCUCCAGGGUUUUUCACAUCAGCAGAUGGCUCUAGAUGUGUGGAUAUUCGUCCUGGAUAUUGCUUCACUUCCUUAGCCAAUGGAAGAUGCACCAACCAACUCCCUCAACUCCUGCCCAAAAUGCAGUGCUGUUGUGACAAAGGACGAUGCUGGUCAUCAGCGGCAACCACAGCCCCUGAUAUGUGCCCAUUCCGAGGAACAGAUGAAUACCGCAAGCUCUGCAUAGUAGCAGGUUUAUUACCUGGUCAAAUACCUGUACCGGGUCCAGGACCUGAAAUCAUUCCUGGGGUUCCAGAUUUCCGUCCUCCCGUUGGUCCACAGGUACCUCCAGUCUAUCCUCCAGUCUUCCCUCCACCCGUCAUUCCAGGAUAUCCUGUUCCAACCCGUCCUUCAACAGUGGUUGUGCCAUUUAAUAUAUCACAGCAAGUAGCGGACUACUGUAUACUGUUUCGGAAUCUCUGUUUACAUGGCCGCUGUAUUCCCACUCCUGGGAGCUAUCGUUGUGAGUGUAACAAGGGAUUUCAAAUCGACGGCAGAGGAGAGUGCAUUGAUGUUGACGAGUGUGAAAGGAAUCCUUGCCUCCAUGCGGACUGUGUUAACACACAAGGAUCAUAUAUUUGCCAGUGUUAUCCCGGAUUUCAGAGUACAUCAACACGGACAGAAUGCAGAGACAUAGAUGAAUGCUUACAGAAUGGCAGGAUCUGUAACAACGGCCGUUGUGUGAACACAGAUGGAAGUUUUCACUGCGUGUGCAAUGCUGGCUUUCAGGUGUCACCCGAUGGGAAGAACUGCCAAGAUAUGGAUGAAUGCAGUGUAAGGAGCAUGUGCUUAAAUGGAAUGUGUAUUAAUGAGGACGGUAGUUUUAAAUGUAUCUGCAAACCCGGAUUCCAGCUUGCACCAAAUGGAAGGUUCUGUACAGAUAUUGAUGAGUGCGAGACAGCCGGUAUCUGCAUGAACGGCCACUGUGUGAACACAGAAGGAUCCUUUCGAUGUGAAUGUUUCCCUGGCCUUGCAGUUGGACUUGAUGGACGUGUAUGUGUAGACACUCACAUGAGAAGUACUUGCUAUGGUGGUUACAAGAGAGGCCAGUGUGUCAGACCAUUGCUAGGAGCAGUUACAAAAUCAGAAUGCUGCUGUGCCAGUACUGAUUUUGCAUUUGGAGAACCAUGCCAACCAUGCCCUGCCAAAACUUCAGAUGAGUAUCAAGCUUUGUGCAGCAGUGGUCCAGGAAUGACAUCUCUGGGUGCUGAUAUCAAUGAAUGUGCUCUGGAUCCAGAGAUUUGCCCCAAUGGAAUUUGUGAAAACCUUCGAGGAACCUACAAAUGUAUCUGCAAUUCAGGUUAUGAUGUGGACUCUACUGGGAAGAAUUGCAUUGAUAUUGACGAAUGUGCAUUGAACAGACUGCUCUGUGACAACGGACAGUGUCGAAAUACCCCAGGGAGUUUCACCUGUACCUGCCCGAAAGGAUAUGUUUAUAAACCUGACUCUAAAACAUGUGAAGAUAUCGAUGAAUGCGAGUCCAACCCCUGCAUUAAUGGAGUAUGCAAAAAUAUCCCUGGCUCUUUUGUGUGUGAAUGUCCCAUCGGCAGCACUCUGGAUCCAACAAAGACUAUUUGUAUAGAAACUGUAAAGGCAACAUGUUGGCAGAAUAUGGUGGGUAACAAGUGUGAAGUGAACAUCAAUGGAGGGACCUUGAGAUCACAGUGCUGUGCAACACUCGGUGCGGCAUGGGGAAGCCCUUGUAUUCCUUGUGAGCCAGAUCCUGUCUGCGCAAAAGGCUAUGCAAGGACCCGUGGUACACUAUGUGAAGAUGUUAAUGAGUGUGUUGUGUUUCCUGGACUGUGUAUCAAUGCACAGUGUGUGAAUACAAUGGGAUCCUUUGUUUGUCAGUGCCCCAACGGAAUGACUCUUGAUGCUUCUGGGCGUACAUGUAUUGACAUUCGACUGGAAGUCUGCUACCUCAAGCAUGAAGAUGAAGAAUGCACCGCUCCUAUUGCUGGCCGGCACCGGAUGGAUGCAUGCUGCUGCUCUGUUGGCGCUGCUUGGGGCCCAGACUGCGACGAAUGCCCUGCCAAAGGAACGCCGGAGUUUAAUCUUCUCUGCCCCAGAGGGCCAGGCUUUGCAACUAAAGAGAUUACACCAGGAAAAACAUUCUCCAAAGACAUCAAUGAGUGCAAAAUGAUACCAAGUCUCUGCAAGUAUGGGAAGUGCAGAAAUACCAUUGGCAGCUUCAAGUGCAGGUGUGACAAUGGGUUUGCCCUUGAUGCCGAGGAGAGAAAUUGCACAGAUAUCGAUGAGUGCAGAAUAUCGCUUGAUGUCUGUGGACAAGGCAACUGUGUUAAUACCCCUGGAGACUUUGAGUGUGACUGUUUCGAAGGAUAUGAAAGUGGGUUCAUGAUGAUGAAGAACUGCAUGGAUAUUGAUGAAUGUGAACGAAACCCACUGUUGUGCAGGGGUGGUAUCUGCUUGAACACUGACGGGAGCUUUAAGUGUGAAUGUCCUCCUGGCCAUGAAGUGGCUCCUGAUAAUUCUGCUUGCCUUGAUAUAAACGAAUGUGAUCUUAGCGUGGGUCUCUGUCCUCACGGGCGCUGUAUAAACCUCAUUGGGAGAUACCAAUGUGCAUGCGAUCCUGGAUACCAACAGACGGAUGAUAAAUUGUCUUGCAUUGAUAUUGAUGAGUGCCAGUUCUUCAAUGGUGGAUGUGACAGUUUCUGUACCAACUCCGAAGGAAGCUAUGAAUGUAGCUGCAGGGAAGGAUUUGCGCUAAUGCCAGAUCAGAGAUCCUGUACCGAUAUCGACGAGUGUGAAAAUAAUCCAAACAUCUGUGAUGGAGGGCAGUGUACGAAUAUACCAGGAGAAUACAGGUGCCUGUGCUUUGAUGGGUACAUGGCAUCAGAUGAUAUGAAGACUUGUCUUGAUGUGGAUGAGUGCGAGCUCCAUUUAAAUAUUUGCCUCAGUGGAAUUUGUGAAAACACUAAAGGAUCAUUUAUCUGUCACUGUGACCCGGGCUAUUCAGGCAAGAAAGGAGUUACCGGAUGCACAGACAUCAAUGAGUGUGAGAUUGGAGCCCAUAACUGCGACAGACAUGCUGCGUGUACAAACACACCAGGAAGCUUCAAAUGUAGCUGCAGCCCCGGAUGGAUAGGCAAUGGAGUGAAAUGCACAGAUCUUGAUGAAUGCGCCAAUGGAACGCACUUGUGUAGUCCACAUGCAGACUGCAAAAACACGAUGGGGUCGUACCGGUGUCUGUGUAAGGAAGGCUACGUAGGGGAUGGUUUGGUCUGUUCAGAUAUUGAUGAGUGUACAGAGAAUGUUAAUCUGUGUGGCAAUGGACAGUGUCUUAACACCCCUGGAGGAUACCGAUGUGAUUGUGACAUGGGAUUCUUACCGAGCCUUGAUGGGAAGGCCUGUGAAGAUAUUGAUGAGUGCGCCCUCCCCAACAUCUGUGUUUAUGGAACCUGUAAAAACUUGCCAGGGCUGUUCAGGUGUCACUGUGACACAGGGUAUGAGCUGGACCGAAGUGGAGGAAACUGCACAGACGUGGAUGAGUGCGCUGAUCCAACAACUUGCAUUAGUGGCACCUGUGAAAACACUCCCGGAAGCUACAAUUGUGAAUGUCCACCAGAUUUUGAACUCAACCCAACUGGGGUUGGCUGUGUUGAUACCAGGUCCGGCAACUGUUACCUGGACCUGAAACCUCGUGGAGAUAAUGGAGAUGUGGCUUGUAGCAAUGAGAUUGGAGUCAGCAUUUCAAAGGCUUCUUGCUGCUGCUCUCUUGGGAAAGGCUGGGGAACACCUUGUGAACUGUGUCCUGCUGUAAAUUCAAGUGAAUACAAACUCUUGUGUCCUGGAGGAGAAGGUUUUAGACCAAAUCCUAUUACUGUUAUCCUCGAAGAUAUCGAUGAAUGCCUGGAGCUCCCAGGGCUUUGCCAGGGUGGAAAAUGUAUCAAUACCUUCGGCAGUUUCCAAUGUCGCUGUCCAGUUGGUUAUUAUCUUAAUGAAGAGACCCGAGUUUGUGAUGAUGUCAAUGAAUGUGAACAGCCCGGUAUUUGUGGACCAGGAACCUGUUACAAUACAGUUGGAAACUAUACAUGCAUUUGCCCACCCGAUUAUAUGCAAGUCAAUGGAGGAAAUAAUUGUAUGGAUAUGCGAAGGAGCCUAUGCUUCCGUAAUUAUUACACUGACAAUCAAACCUGUGAUGGGGAGCUGCUUUAUAACAUGACUAAGAAGAUGUGUUGCUGUUCAUACAAUAUUGGGCGUGCUUGGAACAGACCGUGUGAGGAGUGUCCAUUACCAAGUACCGAUGAUUUUGCUAGUCUUUGUGGAAGCCCACGACCCGGAUUUGUGAUUGACAUUUACACUGGGCUGCCAGUUGACAUCGAUGAAUGCAGAGAAAUUCCUGGGGUUUGCGAGAAUGGUGUUUGUAUCAAUAUGGUGGGAAGCUUUAGAUGUGAAUGCCCAAUGGGAUUUUUCUACAAUGACAAGCUGCUGAUAUGUGAAGAUAUUGAUGAAUGUCAGAACGGGCCUGUCUGUCAGAGAAAUGCAGACUGCAUUAACACAGCGGGCAGCUAUCGCUGUGACUGCAAACCGGGCUACAAGUUCACCUCCACGGGACAAUGCAUCGAUCGCAAUGAGUGCCAAGAAAUUCCUAACGUGUGCAGUCAUGGAGAGUGCAAAGACAAAACCGGAGGGUAUUACUGCAUUUGCCACAGUGGAUUCAAAACCAACGAGGAUGAAACAAUGUGCCUUGACAUCAACGAGUGUGAAAGGAAUCCUUGUGGAAAUGGAACGUGCAGGAACACCAUUGGUUCAUACAACUGCCGUUGCUUUGAUGGCUUUAUAUUGUCUCACAAUAACGACUGUAUAGAUAUUGAUGAAUGUACAACACUAAAUGGCCAGCUAUGUAGAAAUGGACAAUGUAUCAACACUGUUGGGUCAUUUGAGUGUCUAUGCAAUGAAGGCUAUGAGAUGGCGUCUGAUGGAAGAACUUGCCUGGAUAUCAACGAAUGCGCCCUUGACCCUGGGAAAUGUGCUCCUGGAACGUGUCAAAAUCUGGAUGGCUCGUACCGAUGCAUAUGUCCUCCUGGAUACAUCUUGAAGGAUGACACCUGUGAAGACAUUGAUGAGUGUUCAGAACAGCCUGAUAUUUGUGACUUCGGCACGUGUAGCAAUACUCUCGGCAGCUUCAUCUGUCAGUGCCCAGAGGGAUUUGUCUUAUCAUCAACUGGAAGGAGAUGCCACGAUUUAAGAGUAAGCUUCUGCUAUUCCAAAUUUGAGGAUGGGAAGUGUACUUCUCCCAAGGCUCUAAAUCAAUCAAAACAGGAAUGUUGUUGUGCCAUGGAAGGAGCUGGAUGGGGUAGCCCAUGUGAAUUAUGCCCGACUGAAGGAGAUGAAGCAUUCCGUCAGAUCUGUCGAUUUGGAAGCGGAGUCAUCAUCGGACCAGAUGAUGAACGUAUUGAUAUGGACGAAUGUGUUGACCCAGAAAAAUGUAAAAACGGACUGUGUAUCAAUACAGAUGGCUCUUAUCGGUGUGAAUGUUCCUUUGGCUAUGUACUAACAGGAAACGAAUGUAUAGAUAUUGAUGAAUGCUCAGUUGGAAACCCAUGUGGAAAUGGCACCUGUAAGAAUAUUAUUGGUGGAUUUGAAUGUACCUGUGAAGACGGCUUCGAGCCAGGACCUAUGAUGUCGUGCGAAGAUGUAAAUGAGUGUGCUCAGAACCCCCUUCUCUGUGCUUUCCGUUGUGUCAACACCUAUGGAUCGUAUGAAUGCAAAUGCCCAUCUGGCUAUGUCCUUCGGGAAGACAAAAGAAUGUGCAAGGAUCAGGAUGAGUGUGAAGAUGGUACGCACGACUGUGAAUCCAAACAGAUGACUUGUAAAAAUCUAAUCGGGACAUAUAUGUGCAUAUGUGGACCAGGAUAUCAACGUCGAUUAGAUGGGGAAGGAUGUAUGGAUCUGAAUGAAUGCCAGAAACCUGGUAUAUGCGAAAAUGGAAGAUGUGUGAACACGGUUGGAAGCUAUAAAUGCGAUUGUGCUGAAGGAUUUAAUGCAAGUGCCACAGAGACAGAAUGUGUCGACAACAGAUUGGGCUAUUGUUUCACUGAAGUGUUGCACACCAUGUGCCAAAUGGGAUCUUCAACCAGAAACUCUGUCACUAAGUCUGAGUGCUGCUGUAGCUCCGGCAGAGGCUGGAGUGUCAACUGCGAGAUCUGCCCCUUCCCAGGCACAGUGCAGCAUAAGAAGCUUUGCCCCCAUGGCAAAGGAUUCACCACGGGCGGAGAAGAUAUUGAUGAAUGCCAGGUGCUUCAUGGCAUAUGCCGCAACGGACAAUGUGUCAACGAGAGAGGAACUUACAAGUGUCACUGCAAUCCAGGCUACACUCAGGAUAUAACUGGCACCUCUUGCAUAGAUCUUGAUGAAUGCACUCAGUCUCCCAAACCUUGUAACUUUAUCUGCAAGAACACAGAUGGAAGCUUCCAGUGUUCAUGUCCUCGGGGUUACAUUCUUCAAGAGGAUGGAAGAAGCUGCAAAGAUCUCGAUGAAUGCGCCACGAAGCAGCACAAUUGCCAGUUCAUUUGUGUCAACACAAUUGGCGGAUUUACUUGUAAAUGUCCCCCCGGAUUCACACAGCAUCAUACUGCUUGUAUUGACAACAAUGAGUGUGCUUCAGACAUUAACCUCUGUGGCGCUAAGGGUGUUUGCCAAAAUACACCAGGCAGCUACUCCUGCGAGUGCCAACGUGGAUUUUCCCUGGAUCAGAGUGGAAGUUCAUGUGAAGAUAUUGAUGAGUGUGACGGUAGCCAUCGCUGUCAGCAUGGAUGCCAGAACAUCAUUGGAGGGUAUAGAUGUAGCUGCCCACAGGGCUACCUUCAGCACUACCAGUGGAAUCAGUGUGUAGAUGAGAACGAGUGCAUGAGCAGCCACACCUGCGGAGGAGCUUCUUGCCAUAACACACUGGGAAGCUUCAAGUGUAUCUGCCCGACGGGAUUUCACUUUGAACAGUUUGCCGGCUCCUGCCAGGAUGUCAAUGAAUGCAGCUCUUCUCAGGCGCCUUGCAGCUAUGGCUGCUCUAACACAGAAGGUGGCUAUGUCUGCGGGUGUCCACCUGGAUACUUCCGUGUAGGACAAGGGCACUGCGUGACAGGAGCCGGUUUUGGCAGAGCCCAAGAUUUGGCAGUGAGUGGAGAAAUAGAUGAUAAUUCUCUUUCUCCUGAAGCCUGCUACGACUGUAAAAUCAAUGGCUAUCCUAAGAGAGGAAGGAAGCGCAGGAGUGCGAAUGAGACAUCUCCUGAUGAUGUAGAGGAGGAAUUUCAAAUGGAAGCCCCUAUUAGUCUGGCAAGCUGGGAUGUUGAAAAAACAGCAAUCCUUUCGUUCAACAUAUCUCACCUGAACAGCAGGGAUCGCAUUCUGGAGCUCACCCCUGCCCUCACAACACUUACAAAUCACAACAGAUACUUAAUAGACUCUGGAAAUGAAGAUGGCUUGUUUAGGAUCAACCAAAAGGAAGGGAUAAGUUACCUUCACCUGACCAAGAAGAAACCAGUGGCUGGUAUCUACUCUCUACAGAUCAGCAGUGUGCCCCUCUAUAAGGAGAAAGAGCUUAACCAUCUUGAAGACAAACAUGACAGAGACUACCUUAUUGGCGAACUGGGUGACAUUCUUAAAAUGAAAAUUAAAAUCCUACUUCAUUAAUUCCUCAACCAAAGACCAACUAAAUAAAACCAAAACAUUAAUAGGUAGACACAACCCACCCCUCCCCUUCACUGAUUUCCCGUAGAAUAGGUACAAAAGCCUCAUAAAUAUUUUCUAUGGAUUUAAACAAAGCACUUUCUUCUCAUGACAUAUGCAAGGUACAGGAUCAAUAUCCUAGCUCAAUACAACCACUUUCUCAGGCUUCUUACAUAUUAUGUAACUGAGCUACCUUGACAUGCUCGAUAUGCCGAAAUUAAACUUGGAACUUUUGACCAUUGAUGCUGAGACACCCAAUCAUUUCAGCAGAGGUACAUGCAUUUAAUCUCUCCGUGGACUUAUAUCGGCUUUACUUACUCUGUUACCUACAACUUCACUACAACCUUUACCAUAACUUUUUUUUGGUGCUAGUAACGUUUAAAAGAGAUUUUUUUUAACAAAUGCACUGUAUUAUUAACACACAAUAGAAGCCAACCAUUACUCUAAAACUUUAAUUUACAAAAAAAAAAAGAAAAGCAACCAAAGUUAGCUUGUUUAUCUCAGUUAUCAAUUGUUAUAUGUCAUGUAUAUGACAUGUGUGUAUACUGUAUCCAUACAUUUAUUUAUCUAUCCUUGAAGCCUUUGUAAACUAGAUGAAAACUCUUAAUGUGGAGGGUUUUUGAUGGUGCUUAUAAAUACCAACUACUUGUUAAAUGUAUACACAUACCUAGUGGUGCAAUUUCUGUUACUAGGUUAAAUGCACUGAGGUCAGUUGACCAUGCAGGAUUCUCAGAUGAAAAUCAGUGCCAUACUACAAUAUGACAUACAUUGCACAUGAAACGUACCCAGAGGCAUCUGAACGAAGGGCUCUGUGUUAUACAUGUCACAUAUCAAACCAGUGUUUGUAGUCUUUAAUAUUUCAUUCCAUAUGGUUUCAACAACCCAGAAAAGUAGUUCGGUGUCACCUUGCUUAUUUUAUUGUACAACAAAUUAUUACUGUAUAUGUAGUUUAAACAUUGAUGGAUAUUGAAAAAUGAAGACAAUAUGCUUUCUUAUAAUGUCCUGUGGUACUCAAUUUUUGCAUAAUUACUAAACAAGUAAAAAAAAAAAAACUGUCUUUCAUAAGUGUGCAGAAAACCCAUUAAAUUUACAAAAUAAAUCAACAGCCAAUUCACUGCUGUGACUAUUAAAACGUGAA